AUGGAGGAAAGAGGAGUAAAACCAGAUCAUGUCACUUUCAUAGCUCUUCUAGCUGCUUGUAGCCAUGGAGGUUUAGUUGAUGAAGGCUACAAAUAUUUCAACAAAUUGAGAAAUUUCUAUAAUAUCAUUCCAACGAUUCAUCAUUAUGGCUGUAUGGUUGAUCUCCUGGGUCGAGGUGGACACUUGGAAGAAACAGUCAAGUUCAUUGAAAGAAUGCCAAUAGAACCAGAUGUCUCUAUAUGGAGUUCCUUAAUGAGGGCAUGCAGAAGUCACCGCAAUGUGGAAUUAGCAGAGCAUGCAUUUAAACAGCUCAUAGAGAAAGACCCUACAAAUGAUGGUGCUCAUGUACUUCUUUCGAACAUAUAUGCAGAUGCAGGCAGAUGGGAUGAUGUGAGCAAGGUGAGAACAAAGCUACAUGAGACAGGAGUACCGAAGCAACCAGGUUUCGCUAUCAUAGAACAAAAUGGAGUUGUUCAUGAAUUUGUCGCCUCAAACCUUGUGCCUGGGUAG